UGCGCGCAGGGGUUAAGUGAGAGGUAACGGACGUUCUGAGCGAAGGGGUUUCGGUAAUUCCCGUCACCCCUUCUCGCGGCUGAACUUUGGGAGCCAUGGUGAACUCGGGCCUCUCCAGAGCUGCCGUUGCCACCGCCGCCGCUACCGUCUCCGAAGACUGAGGUUCCUGGAGGAGGUGAGCGAGGAGGCUGCGGCCAGAACGGUGGGGACAAAGCUACCAGCCAUGUCGGACACACGGCGACGAGUGAAGGUGUAUACCUUGAACGAAGACCGGCAAUGGGACGACCGAGGCACUGGGCACGUCUCCUCCAGUUACGUGGAGGAGCUCAAGGGGAUGUCACUGCUGGUCCGGGCAGAGUCCGACGGAUCACUUCUCUUGGAAUCAAAGAUAAAUCCAAACACUGCAUAUCAGAAACAACAGGAUACAUUAAUUGUUUGGUCGGAAGCUGAGAACUAUGAUUUGGCUCUAAGUUUUCAAGAAAAAGCUGGCUGUGAUGAGAUCUGGGAAAAAAUCUGCCAGGUUCAAGGUAAGGAUCCAUCAGUAGAAGUCACUCAGGACCUCAUCGAUGAAUCCGAAGAAGAGCGAUUUGAAGAAAUGCCUGAAACCAGUCAUUUGAUUGAUCUGCCCACGUGUGAACUCAAUAAACUUGAAGAGAUUGCUGAUUUAGUUACCUCAGUUCUCUCCUCACCUAUUCGAAGGGAAAAGCUGGCUCUGGCCUUGGAAAAUGAAGGCUAUAUUAAAAAACUCCUGCAGCUGUUCCAAGCUUGUGAGAACUUAGAAAACACUGAAGGCUUACACCAUUUGUAUGAAAUUAUUAGAGGAAUCUUAUUCCUAAAUAAAGCAACUCUUUUUGAGGUAAUGUUUUCUGAUGAGUGUAUCAUGGAUGUCGUGGGAUGCCUUGAAUAUGAUCCUGCUUUGGCCCAGCCAAAAAGACACAGAGAAUUCUUGACCAAAACUGCAAAAUUUAAGGAAGUUAUACCAAUAACAGACUCAGAACUAAGGCAAAAAAUACACCAGACUUACAGGGUACAGUAUAUUCAGGAUAUCAUUUUGCCUACCCCAUCCGUUUUUGAAGAGAAUUUUCUUUCUACUCUUACAUCUUUUAUUUUCUUCAACAAAGUUGAGAUAGUCAGCAUGUUGCAGGAAGAUGAGAAGUUUUUGUCAGAAGUUUUUGCACAGUUAACAGAUGAAGCUACAGAUGAUGAUAAACGGCGUGAAUUGGUUAAUUUUUUCAAGGAAUUUUGUGCAUUUUCUCAGACAUUACAACCUCAAAACAGAGAUGCAUUUUUCAAAACUUUAGCAAAAUUAGGAAUUCUUCCUGCACUUGAAAUCGUAAUGGGCAUGGAUGAUUUGCAAGUCAGAUCAGCUGCUACAGAUAUAUUUUCUUAUCUGGUAGAAUUUAGCCCCUCUAUGGUUCGAGAAUUUGUAAUGCAAGAAGCCCAGCAAAGUGAUGACGAUAUCCUUCUUAUUAAUGUAGUAAUUGAACAGAUGAUCUGUGACACUGAUCCUGAGCUAGGUGGUGCAGUUCAGUUAAUGGGACUUCUUCGUACUCUAAUUGAUCCUGAGAACAUGCUGGCUACAACUAAUAAAACUGAAAAAAGUGAGUUUCUAAAUUUCUUCUACAAUCAUUGUAUGCAUGUCCUCACAGCACCACUUUUGACCAAUACUUCGGAAGACAAAUAUGAAAAGGAUAAAUUUGUUGGGUCUAACAAAAACAACACAAUUUGUCCUGAUAAUUAUCAAACAGCACAGCUACUUGCCUUAAUUUUAGAGUUACUCACAUUUUGUGUGGAACAUCACACUUACCACAUAAAAAACUAUAUUAUGAACAAGGACUUACUAAGAAGAGUCUUGGUCUUGAUGAAUUCCAAGCACACUUUCCUGGCUUUGUGUGCUCUUCGUUUUAUGAGGCGGAUAAUUGGCCUUAAAGAUGAAUUUUACAAUCGUUAUAUCACCAAGGGAAAUCUUUUUGAGCCAGUUAUUAAUGCUCUUCUGGAUAAUGGGACUCGGUACAAUCUGUUGAAUUCAGCAGUUAUUGAGUUGUUUGAAUUCAUAAGAGUGGAAGAUAUCAAGUCUCUUACUGCACAUAUAGUUGAAAAUUUUUAUAAAGCACUUGAAUCGAUUGAAUAUGUUCAGACAUUCAAAGGAUUGAAGACUAAAUAUGAGCAAGAAAGAGACAGACAAAGUCAGAAACUAAACAGUGUACCAUCUAUAUUGCGCAGUAACAGAUUUCGCAGAGAUGCAAAAGCCUUGGAAGAGGAUGAAGAAAUGUGGUUUAAUGAAGAUGAAGAGGAGGAAGGAAAAGCAGCUGUGACACCAGUUGAAAAAUCUAAGACAGAAGAUGAUUUUCCAGAUAGUUACGAAAAAUUUAUGGAGACUAAGAAAGCAAAAGAAAGUGAAGACAAGGAAAACCUCCCCAAAAGGACAUCUUCUGGUGGCUUCAAAUUUACUUUCUCCCACUCUGCCAGUGCUGCUAAUGGAGCAAAUAGUACAAACAGUAAAUCUGUUGUGGCUCAGACCCCACCCACAAGUUCUAAUGGUUCUUCUUCCAAAACUUCAAACUUGGCUGCAUCGGUAACAGCCACCAAGGGAAGUCUGGUUGGCUUAGUGGAUUAUCCAGACGAUGAAGAGGAAGAUGAAGAAGAAGAAACAUCCCCCAGGAAAAGACCUCGUCUGGGCUCAUAAAAUGUUUACUGGGGGCUCCUGGAACGUGGUCUUACUAAAUUGCUGCAACUGUUUAAUGAGCUGAAAAUCUGAAUCAGAAAGCCUUCUUACCAUACAUACACAAGGAGUAGCAAAAGAUCCUCAGUAUAUCAGUUAGGAGAGUUUAGUUCUGUUUAAAAAGAAAAAAAGAAAAAGGCUUCCCAGGAACUUAAUUGCUAAUAAGGGGUGUGCCUUUCUGGCUAUCAAGAUUAAACAAGAAGAAAGUUACUGGAGCUCAGGAGACAGCUUGUCGGAAAGUCUCAGGUUUUGAGAGGGUUUGUUAGAGGGAAAAUAUCGGUAAUCCAGUAACGUCAGGUUGCUCCAGGGGGGUGUCCAAUCUAGAAAAAGUUCAUAAAACUUCAGUUGCAUAUCCAACAAUAUUACUUGUAUAAUGGUGCUGGCCAUGUUGUUGUUUUAAACAGUUGCCUCUUUUUAAAAUAAAUUUUUAUAGAAAACAAAUCAAUCGUUAAAGUGAAGUUAAAAUGUUGGGACCAUUUCUUUGAGGAUUUCACAAAUUCAGCCUUUUAGAUUGUUGGAGGGAAAUACACCACCCUGUAUUAUAUACAGCACGUGUUAAGUUUUCUACACCAGGAAUUUUCAAUAUGUAUUUUGACACAAAUAAGCUGGAUUUUCCGAAAACAUAGUUUUGUUAGUGUGACUUUAAAAUCAGCACUUUUAGAGAUAAUGGCCAAGAAAGUGUAUUAGUAUUCCAGAAUUAUCUUCAGAAACUUAAAAAGUGGAUAGAACAGUGUUUUCAACCAUCUACCAGUACAAUCUUUUGUGGAAGAUCACUGGAAGUCACUUUAUUAGUAAAGUUGUUGCUUUAUUAGUAAAGUGUAUCUUAAAAGAACAGUGCUGAAUACAAGCAGCAUUUAAUAACUAAAGCCAUUCCGAUCCAGAAGUUACUUCAGUGUCAAAGCCACAUGGAACACAUUAAGCUUUUCCAUAAGCAAGGAGUAUAAUAUGAAAGCUGCUUUAAGAGUAAAAGCACAUUCCAUGUACGUAAAUGAGUAAGUUGAGGCAAACAGUUAUUUUUUAGAACAGUCAGUUAACUGUAAAUAUUUUAAUGUUAGUUUGCUCAUCUGUGAUCUGAGAUCAUGCUGAGAUGAGAAAAAUGUCCCCAAACUACAGUUUGAUGCAUUGGGAAAAAAAUCUAAAAAUAGUAAUUCCAGCCACAGUUGUUAGAUCAUAUUUGUAAUGUGUUAUGGGUCCAUUUUUCCUGGAAUAGCUUAAACUUAAGAAGUUUCCCUUGUUUUGGAGAUUUUGUAGCUAAUUUUAAUUUGGGCUAUUGUUUGGAAAAGAGAUGGGCUGUUUGUGUAGAUACAAAGUAUAGUUUUUCCAUAAAACAGAUGUUUAUUUUGUAUUACAAAUACCACUGUACUUGUUCCACACCAUUUGUAUACAUGUGGUGAUAUUAACGCUGAACUGUAAAAUUCAGGAAUUAAAAUGUGACCCUGUAAUUUCA